AUGAAAAUCCUUUGCUUGCACGGCCAUGGAACGAAUUCAAGUAUUCUGGAGUAUCAGAUGAGUGGACUCAGACAAAAGGCUGAUCCAAGCUGGGAAUUUUACUACCUUGAAGGGGAAGUUGAAUGCCCACCCGCCGCAGGUAUCGAAAACACAUUUUCCGGGCCAUACCUCUGCUACACGAGAACAUUCAAUUGGAAAAGUGAGGCUACUGCCCAUGCCUUGAUUGAUGAGUUUAUAGAAGAGGAAGGUCCAUUUGACGGAGUCUUUUGUUUCAGUCAGGGUACAGCAAUCUUAGUGUCUUAUUUGCUCGAACGGGUGGCUGAAGACUGCAACAAACCCCUUCCAUUCCAGUUCGCCAUCCUCUGCUCGUCCACAUUACCUCUGGCGGCAAAUUCAACCUAUUUUCACUCCCUGGUAGAGUCUCUUGAUCAUGAGGAUGAAGCCAGAAUUCGCUCUGCCGAGGACGAUCAAAUCGCUCAACUUACUGGCCCGGUCCAAAUUGUUAUCGGAUCUCUAGUCAAAAUCCUCGAUUUUACAGAGACUAUUACUCGUCAGCCGCGUUCCUUCUUCUUGGAUCGUGAGUUGUCUGAGAUCCCCUGGGCAUUGCAUCCAGACAUAUGUUCCACACGCAUCCCGAUUCCGUCGCUACACGUGAUCGGCAAAGAAGAAUCUGGUCUACGGGAAUCUAGUUCGAUCGCUCAGUCAUUCUUCCAAAGUAAGAAAAAAAGGGUUUUUGAGCACUCGGGGGGGCACGACAUCCCCCGCUCCGGUUUGGAGGUACACCAAAUGCUCUCUGCUAUGGAGUGGGUGGUUUCUCAGAGCCAAUUGCCCACGGAGUAG